AUGGCUUCUUCUUCUUCUUCUUCCACUACUUUUGCAGCGAGGGAGCAUGAUGUAUUCCUCAGUUUCUGUGGCGAGGACACCCGCUACACUUUUAUCAGCACUUUACAUGGAGUUUUCAAGCAGCGAAGUAUAAAUGUUUUUGUUGAUGAUGGACUUAAUAGAGGAGAGGAGAUUUCGCCAUCUCUUAUGAAUGCAAUUGAAGAAUCAACGAUUUCAGUUAUUACUUUCUCGAAUGGUUAUGCAUCUUCAAGAUGGUGUCUUGAUGAACUUGUGAACAUCAUGGAGUGCAAGGAAACGCAUAAACAGGCCGUAAUCCCAGUUUUCUAUCACAUAGAUCCAACCGAUGUAAGGAAUCAAACUGGAACUUUUGGGGAUGGAUUUGCUAAGCUUGUAGAAAGUUUUGAUGAGGAGAAGUUAGAGAAGCUACAAAUGACUGAAGAACAAUUUAAAGAUAAGGUGGAGAAAUGGAAGAAGGCUUUGACAAGCGCAGCUAAUCUAUCCGGCUGGACAUCAAAAGUUGAACCGUCUGAUUAUCCUCUUGUUAUGAAAGUUCUCGAAGAUAUUUUGAACAUCUUAAAGUUCAUGUCCCCAAGUAAUAGUGACAAGAAAUUGGUUGGAGUAGAACGAAUAAUUCGCGAAAUUGGAUCUUUAUUGAAAAUUUGGCGGGGAAAUGUUAUUAGUGUAGGAAUAUGGGGAAUGUCUGGUAUAGGCAAGACAACUAUUGCAAAAAGUGUAUUCAACAAAUUCAGGGGACGCUUCACAAAAGGAAGGCUUAGUCAUAAAAGAGUUUUCAUUGUUUUUGAUGAUGUGACUACUAUAGAGCAAGUAGAAUCUUUAAUUGAUGAUAUUGAACAGCUGGGUUCAGGAAGUCGAAUUAUUAUAACAACAACAAACAAACAAGUGCUUCGAAAUUGUGGAGUGGAUGACAUUAAUAUAUACGAGAUGAAGGGGCUAUUUGGGAAUGAUGCUCUUCAACUUUUUAGUUGGUAUGCUUUUCGACAAAAUCGUCCCAAUAUAGAUUAUGAUGACUUGUCAAAUAGGGUAGUAAAAUAUACCAGAGGUGUUCCAUUAGCUAUUAAAGUGUUAGGUUGUUACUUUUUUGGCAAGUCGAAACAAGUUUGGGAAAGUGCAUUAAAAAAGUUCGAAAGAAUUCUUCAUGAGGAUAUUUACAAGGUGCUGAAAAUAAGUUAUGACGGACUAAAUGAUGUUGAGUAG